ACUCUUGGAGGCGCUCUUCAUCUAUUUGUUGCCAAACUCUAAAAAUACUCAAUGCGGUAUGGUGUUUAUCUUCCCUGAAAUGACGGUACUACAUGUAUUUGACUUCAGCUUUGUGCUUCAGAUUUUAAUCGUUAUAAAUCUUUACAUCAGCGCAUACAAUGGAAGUUACAUCCAUAAUGACCAGUGCUCACCCUGCGUUCGUGAAAUUGUAAGUGAAAACAACUGUCCGGACAACUCUGCAUGUUCUACCCCGCCUCAAGUUGAGGGUACAUUCGUCAGCACAGCGGCCAACGACGAGCAGAUGGCCCUUGUCGUUUACACACCGACUCAUCUCAGCGCCUUUCGACAAGACACUAAAACGUUUGAAUUUGCCGGCAGGAGCGUCACCAUUCGACAGAGAUGGGAAGAGCUCGGUGUUGCUGCAGUUGUGUGGGACGCUGCCGUAGUUCUUGCAGAGUAUCUGGAGUCAAGUGUGAACGCUCAGCAACUUGCCAUAGAUGGGAAAUCUGUCAUUGAGCUCGGGGCCGGAACAGGACUGGCCGGCAUCGUAGCAGCUCUCUUAGGCGGCAACGUGGUGCUGACUGAUCGCAAGGUGGCCCUUGAUCAGCUGCAGGCCAACGUGGAAGAGAACAGCCCAAAAUCUAGUGGCAGAAGCGGGACAAUUUCAGUUCAGGAGUUGAGCUGGGGAGAGAACCUGCAGGAGUUUUUGAAACCCUUUGAGAUCAUCAUAGGAGCAGACAUCGUGUAUGUGGAAGACACCUUUCCCAAACUUUUGCAGACCAUAGCUCAUUUGAGCGACAGAGACACAUUAGUGCUCCUGUCUUGUAGAAUAAGAUACGCAAGGGAUGAACGAUUUCUAGACAUGAUGAGACAUCAAUUUUCCAUGGCGGAAGUUCUUCACGAUAAACGCAGGGAUAUCCAUCUGUAUGAAGCGAGACUGCUUUGAAUUUUAGAUAAAAGGGCUUGAAACUUUAGAUUUCAGAAAGAUCAGACUAGUGUCUUUUGCAUUAUGAAAACCAGGAUACAUGUACUACAAGCAAGUACAAUGACUUAUCCCGUCUUCCAUUGUACAGGAUGUCCAAAUAGGAAAAACACUUUUAAUGCUAAAAAUGACCUAGUGUUACAUGUAUUUUUAUUUUGUCUCGUCUUUAAAGCACACUUAAAAGUGACUAAUAAAUAAGAAGGCCCUGGAGAACUUUAGACUUAGUACACUGUAUUUCACAUAAAAACAUGGUCUUGAAUUACUGCAUGAAAAUGUUUCAAAUUAUGCAUAAGAUGGACCCAAGUGAUCAGUCCCCUUCCUGGUUCCAGUUUCCACCAAUUUUACAAUGAGCUGGGUGCCCCAGUUUUUCUCUCCUAUACCUUUUGCCGUAGUUUGUGGUUUCCGAGCUGCACACGCUGAACAUAGAUAUUGACAAAUACGAGGAAUCCCCAACAAAGGGCUAAAUAGCUCAGUUAAUAGUGAACAGAGUUGGCAAACCAUCGGUUUGGUAGUCAGCAUGUCGCAGGUUCAAAUUCUGCUCCUGUCAAUUUCUCUCAUCUCUUUAAAAGCUUUCUCUGCAAUAGAAAAACUAGUAAAAUAAAUAAAAUGACAUAUCAUUAACUAGUAUUAAUAAAUGCCCAAGACAGUUUACUGGUUCCUAUUGGUCAAAAGCUGAUCACGGCCAAUUUUGACAGUUAUUAAAACAUCAGCCAGCCUUAGGCUUGGGUAAAUUAUCAUCUUCCAAAACCCAGCCGGUCUGAAACUUACUUGUUGAAGACCAACCAAACUUUUUACCCCUUAAGAUUAAAUACAAGAGACAUAUGACCAGUGUAAAAUUACUUGAAUCCCCCCCCAUCACCAGUUUUCAUGAGAAGCGAACUGAUGUCUUUUUUUUUCACUGAAAAUACACUUCCAAGUGGCUCACUCAAAGAGUAAUAAACUAAUUAAAAUUUCCACCUGAA